GCUGUGUUGGCUUUUACCUAUAUAAGAGGGUCUGGUAUGCCGUCUUGAUUUCAUUGCAGUUGUUUCGAGUGGUCAGUCCAAUAUUUCUAGUCUUUGCUUAUUAGAGGAAAAAAAAAAAGAGUCUGUUAAAUAUUUACUAUUUCGAUCGAUAUGAACAAGACAGAAGAAGAGGCGAAAAGGCUCUAUGAAGCCUGUGUGAGUGGGAGUGUCGAAACAUUAAACGUACUGCUCGUAAAAGAUCAACUCAUUCUGAACCGAGUUAGCUCGGCCGAGUGCUUCUCCAGUGACACUCCCUUGCACGUAGCAGCAUCGUGCGGUCAUUUGGAGUUCACGAAAGCUCUUCUGCUUCGGAAACCAAAACUUGCCACCGAGUUGGACUCGCGACAGUGUACACCCCUCCACUUGGCUUCCAUUGAGGGCCACUUUAAGAUUGUACGGGAGUUGUUACGGGUGAACCCUGACGUCUGCAUCGCUCGGGAUCAAGAUGGUAGAAUCCCUCUUCACUCGGCAGUCAUGAAAGGGCGAGUAGAGGUUAUACAGGAACUGCUUGGGGCCAAACCAUGCUCAGUUCAUGACAAACUAGGUAGAGGGGAGACUGUGUUGCACUUUUCUGUCAAAUACAACAGGCUGGAAGCUUUAAAGACAUUGGUGGAAUAUCUGCAGAGUAAGAACAUGGAAUCUGAUCUCCUCAAUUCCGCAGACGAUGAUGGCAACACCAUCUUGCAUCUUGCUGCAGCCCUCAAACAAGUGAAUACCGUAGAAUAUUUGUUGGGGAUACAAAUUGUCAAAGACCAUGCCAAUGACAAGAACCAGAGUGGUUCUACAGCUUUAGAUAUUGUGGAGCACUGUCCUAAUAGAGACCUAAAAACCAUGGAAAUUCGGGAGUUUUUGUUGCAAGCUGGUGUGCAUAGAUUCAAUUGUGAUGGGCCAAAACCGAACCUUGAGUUACCUCCCAAAAAUCCUCCUCGUACUGAUCAACAUUGCUUUGGUAAAACUGGAGUAAUAUUUAUGGGAUGCAUUUGUUGGUUUUGGACUAGGUUUAAGGUCGACCGUGGCUGGCUCAAAGAGGUACGUGGCCAUUUAAUAACGGCAGCCACCUUGACGGCAACCAUGGCUUAUCAAUCUAUUUUGAGUCCGCCCGGUGGUCUUUGGCAAGAAACAAAAAAAGACGAUUCGCUUGCCCCUUCUCCUUCCUUGGGCUAUAGUACUACUGUGGAUGACGAGCAGACAGCGGGACACGCCAUCAUGGACAAACAUGGCUCUUAUCAUACUUACUUGGCUCUUAACACCGUAGUGUUAGGAGCAUCGUUGAGCACUAUCAUGCUGGCCAUGACUGGAUUCCCAAUGGAGAACAAGUUUAUAACAUGGUCGUUGGUAUUCACCGUGUACCUCACAAUUACAUGCAUGGGUGCAGCGUAUGUGACAGCAAUUAAUUUAGUAUCCCCAGAACCAACUUCAGAGGAUGCACUGGAUGCACUGUUGUUGAGUUGGCUGGCUCUGUGCUCAUUUUUUGUUAUGGCGCUUCACUCAUGCCAAUUCUUGGUAUGGCUGGGGAAAAAGUUGGUAAGACUCGUUAAAGCAUGUUAUGGAUGUUGCAAACCAACUCCAAGAACUACCAACAAUAAUAAGAAGGAUAAUCUAGCCGGCACCCAUAAAUGCGUGGGAAACAUCUGCUAGAUAUAUAGUCUUUGUUGUACUUCGGGAUUCUAUUCCAAGCCGAGGAUUUGUGCUAGCUUGUGGGCCGGGAUAUCGAUGAUUGCUGCAGACUAGCGGAUCCAGUGCAUGUGGUCGCCAAUCUUAAAUAAAGAAUACUGCAUCGCCAAUCUUAAAUAAAGAGUAGUGCAAUAUGUGUGUGCCUGAGACCUUUUAUUAUGUGACUGUGUGUAGUAUUUGUGCAAUUCCUAUGUUUGCCCUAGCCUAUGUGGUGUGUACUGUUAUAGUAUGAAAGAAGCUAGAUCCUUCUUAAUUUGUGUAUUUGUCUGUGUGGUUGUGGGUGUCAUGUAUUUGUUGUAUGGUUAUUAAUUAAUGAGUAUUUGGUUUGUUGUUGAAA